UUUCCUCACUUAAACCUAAAGUUAGCUAACGUUAAGCAAGUAACAAACAAGUAACAACUUGAUAGAGAGAGAGAGUUCCGAGAGCAGCUGCACCAAAAAUGAGCUCCUAACAGUCCUUCAACUUUUGAUGAAAGAACUGAAACAAAACACCGAAAUAAUUUGAUAAAUAGGUACCUAAAGGUACAUAGAGGAUACUGGCAGCAGGACAUCUCUAAAUCUCAAGAUUUUGAAGAGAAAAAAAAGAGAAAAAGAAGGAGGAAAACUACAGGCUAAAGCUAGUUGACCAACUGACAGUUUGGAUCUGCCUCAGUGGACCUCUCUACAACUGGAAUAAGUCUGUGAAACAAAGGACUGGUAGGCCUUCCAUCCAGUUUUUUUGGAAAACUGAGACCUUUUCUGUGGAAAGAAGAAUGUUGCCUUUCUAUGCCUGUCUAAAAUAGUAUUUUAAAACAUAUUACUAAAGUUAAGAGCUAAAAUAAAGAGCUAGCUAGCAGUGACAGUUGAUAUCAUCGGUCGCCAUGGAGACCACCACAUACACAACAGAAUGCAGAGAAAUAGAAUAUCCUGCUAAGUGUAAAAGUGUAUACGCCAAGAACAAGCACAAAGAAAAGACCCUACAAGAAAACCCUGAGUGCCUGUAUGCAGAUUACAUCCUGCUCAAUGGCAAGAAAACCCUAACCCUAACCCUAACCCUAAAAACAACCUGAUCUUCCACACCAAACAUCCAGAGCUGUGGAAAAAUGCUGUCUGUAACAACUACCAGCACACCUUCAAAGAGGGAAUUGGCUGUGGUGGCAGAGUGACCAUCUGUCAGGAUGAGAGUCUGGACACUGAGAACCCUAUAUUGACUCUAACUUACUAUAAAACCAAAGGAACGGUGCUGGUCCAGGGAAACCAGACCAGUCUCAACCUGUUUGAGAAGAUGUUUCACCAGCUGAAAACAGAAGUAGACAUCAAUAGAUCCAGCUCAGUUAUGGACCCAGAAGACACCAUCAACCCAGCAGACACAGAGGAGUCAGAACAAGAGGAGGAGAGAGAACCAGAGCAGAAAGACCCUAACUGCACUCACCCCUCAACCCUGACUGAGAAACUGAGAGAAAGCCUGUCUUCACUGGAUCUGGACUACACUGAGUUCAGAGAGCUGAUACUGACCAGGCUCACAGAACUCAACAACAUCCAGCAACUGAGGAAAGGGCUCCAACAGACAAAAGAAGACCAUCAAAAGAGCAUCGAUGAUCUCAGACAGACCACCUACACCCUACAAGAGGAGAACACCAGUCUGCGGGCCCAGAUGGCCAAAAUGAAAGAGGACACAGAGAGCAGAGAGAGGAGCCUCAGGAGACAGUUGGAACACAUGAGGAUCCAGGUACAGGACAAGAGCCCCUGCACUCCUCUCUGCUAUUCCUCAGCCCAUAUCCAAGAUUAUACCACUGGCUCACUGACACAGCUCUCUACCCCCACCCUUAACCCAGAGACACAGCCUCCCAACGCCACCCCCACCCCUGAGCCCUCAGCCUUGGCUGAAGAUGGCCAAACACCCUUUCCCACAGCCACUUUCCCAGACAUAGACCCCCUCCCUGCUGGCCAGGCUGACCCCUCCUCUACACCUUCACCCACUGUAGCAGCCAAGCCAGAGCCAGAGGUGGUGCUACUAAUGGACUCAAAUGGGAAGUAUGUGGAACCCAGACACCUCUUCCCUGGCCAACGUAUUGUAUUCAAGCGCUGCAGGAACACUGGGCAUGCGUUGGAGCUGCUACAAUGAGACUCCCUUGGCUGUCCCGAGAUCAUCGUUGUCCACACAGGCACAAACGACCUGCGCCUCCAACACCGAGACACAGCCCAGGCAGUCACUAAGGUGGCAGAGAAAGCCUGCAGAGUGUUUCCAGAGUCAAGGGUGGUGAUCUCCACCCUCUUGCCCCGUACAGACACCCCACCUCAUGUCAUACAUGACAUUAACAUGGAGAUCACCUGGAACUGUUCCAGCCUCCACCUGGCACACCAUACCCCCAUCGGCAUCUGGCACCUAUAUGACAGGCUGCACCUCGACAGAGACAGAGUCAGAGUCAGAGUAUUUGCCAAAACUCUCAAGGAUGUUGCCCUCGGAAGAAACCCUGACUCCACCACCACAGCAGGUCACUAUAGGACCUCCAAACACCCAAGAAACACACCGUCACAACCCAGCCCUCGUCACCCUGCUCCACCUCACCAUCCCGACCUACAGCCUCCUGCACCCCACAUCCAGAGAGCUCCACCUCACCGUCCCCACCCACAGCCUCCUGCACCCUACAUCCAGAGAGCUCCACCUCACCGUCCCCACCCACAGCCUCCUGAACCCCACACCCAGAGAGCUCCACCUCACCGUCCCCACCUACAGCCUCACGCACCCCACACCCAAAGAGCUCCUCCUAUCAACAGAGCCCCCCCCUUAACAACAGAUGACCUAUGCUGCUGCUCUGGCCAGACCAGCUCCUCAGCCUGCACCCCAACACGUCUCAGAGCUGGAGGAGAUCAAGCAGAUGCUACAGAGUCUGUGCAGGGGACUACUAAGUCUAACUCCUUCUGGGACCAGUGGAACUCUGUCUGUCAGUCUGAGCCUGAGGAGCUGGUCAUACAAGACGGAGACAUACAGACUCAACAUUUCCACACCUUAUUUGGGCCAAAACCACCAGGAACUGACUUACAAAACAAACAAAUACUGGAAAAACUACUAAAUAUGGAAUUGAUAUUCAAAGACCACCAGAACCCCCUAGAUUUCCCCAUUACUAUGAACCAUUUGAAAACAAAAUUUAAGACCCUCAAAAACAAAAAAGCAUGUGGGCCUGAUGGGAUACUAAACGAAAUGCUGAAAUACAGCACAGAAAAAUUCCAAUUGACUAUUCUAAAAUUAUUCAACUUAAUUCUGAAUGUGGGAUAUUUUCCUGAGAGUUGGAAUAAUGGUCUUAUUACACCUAUAUUUAAAAGUGGAGACAGAUUUGACCCUCAAAAUUACAGAGGGAUAUGUGUCAGCAGCUGUAUGGGCAAGCUGCUCUGCAGCAUCAUCAACUCCCGUAUAGUUGAGUUCCUCGAUGAGCACAAUGUCCUGCAUAAAAGUCAGAUUGGAUUCAUGCCUCACCAUCACACAUCUGACCAUAUCUUCACCCUCACCACUCUCAUUAACACAAAUGUGCACCAAAAUAAAAAUAAAAUUUAUUCAUGUUUUGUAUAUUUCAAAAAGGCCUUCGAUUGUAUUUGGCAUGAAGGGCUCUUUUAUGGAUUAUUAGAGAGUGGCUUAGGGGGUAAAACCUAUGAUCCAAUUAAAUCAAUGUAUUUGAAUAACAGAUGAGCAAUUAAAAUUGGAAACAAAAGAACCAGUUACUUCAAACAGUACCGUGGGGUGAAACAGGACUGAAGUUUGAGCCCAACCCUUUUUAACAUAUAUAUAAAUAAAUUUGCAGAACAACUGCAAAUAUCCACAGCUCCUGGUGUGACCCUGCAGGACACAGAGGUCAAAUGUCUGAUGUUUGCUGACGACCUGGUUCUCCUGUCUCCCUCCAGAGAGGGCUUACAGCAGAGCCUGGACAUCCUCCACAUGUUCAGUCAAAUAUGGGCCCUAACUGUAAAUAUGAAUAAGACCAAAAUAUUGACUUUCCAAAAAAGAUUCAACUCCCAGAAAAAUAAAUUCACAUUAGGAAAUAUAGAAAUUGAGCAUACAAAACAUUAUACAUAUUUAGGCUUGAAUAUCAGUUCCGCUGGACAUUUUGGCCUGGCUGUGAAUGAGCUGAAGGAGAAGGCAAGAAGGGCUUUUUACACCAUCAAAAGAAAAAUACCAAUUGACCUUCCAAUUAGGGCCUGGCUCAAAAUUCUAAAUUCAGUAAUAGAGCCAAUAAUGUUAUAUGGUAGUGAAGUGUGGGGUCCACUUACCAGCCAAGACCUCUCAAAAUGGAAAAGACACCCACUGGAAGCCCUGCAUGCAGAACUGUGCAAAAACAUACUGAGAGUCCACAGACACACAGCCAAUAAUGCAUGCAGGGCAGAACUUGGUCAAUACCCUUUAAUAAUUAUAAAUUCAGAAGCGAGCCAACAAAUUUUAUAAACACCUCCAAUCUAGCGACCCCCAGUCCUUCCAAUACAAAGCCCCUCAGUGCCACGAGUUGAACAAAGAUCAGAGUCCCCUCUGCCAGCUGCUGCUGAAGCUCUGCCCACACACACCAAAAACAAUCUUGCCCAACCAAAUCAUCUCAAAACAAAAAGAAAAUUAUAUCAAAUAUUGGAACAAAACCACAAAAUCACAAAGUAAAUUAGAAUUGUAUUUGACCCUAAAUAGAGUGUACAUGGUGGCAGAGUACCUAACCACCAUGACUGAUAGAAAACUGAGAAAAACGCUGACAAUGUACAGACUGAGUGGACACAGCCUGGCCACAGAAACAGGCCGUCACAGGCAGAACAGGCUCCCUAGGGAGGCCAGACUGUGUUCACUUUGUCAUAAAGGAGAAGUUGAGACAGAAUCUGACUUCCUAUUAUACUGUGACAAAUAUCAAGAUUUGAGAGAAGUUUUCUUUGAAAAAAUAAAUCAUAUAUAUCCUGAAUUUAUCCACCUCCCUGAUCUUCAGAAACUGUCCUAUCUAUGUGGGGAGAAAAGUCAAUGUGCAGUAAUAGCUGCAAAAUAUAU